GUGCACCAAUAGGAGCGGAGGGGUCAUCUCAAUGGGGAGAGGGAGAAAGAGAGUCAAACACGGGUCUGGCCACCCCGGCGGCGUUCACUGAGUUUCCCCCCAUUUUAUUCUCAUAUCCUUUCCAUUCACAGAAUUGUACGCUGCGGUUCUGCCCAUUUUUCUCUUUUAAUUAUCUCGAGCGGUAGAGUGGAAUCUGUAAAUCGGCUUUCCACCCACUUGGGUUUAGAGAAGAUGAUGACAUCUCACCCACAGAACCAUCUCAUGGCUCUUCAGAUUUUGCAGAGCUUCGGUGCUCCAAAAUGAGCUCUACGGUCCAUUUUGAUAUGUACAAACUCCGGAAAGAAAACCUAAAGCUCUCUUUUGGUUUCUGUACGGUUCUAUCAGUUUUUAGUUUUUUUUUGAUAAUAGCUUGAGCUUGGAAUCCAUGGAGUUAGGAUUGGAAGCUCCAUUGAUCAGUCGAUCUAGAUUCUUUCAUGGUGGGAACCCGUUCUUUGUCGCCUGCAGUCGUCAACUAAAAAUCUCUGCCAACACACCUCCUCCUGGGUUUAUGUGCUAUCGUAGUCGAAUUAAGACGAAUUUCACUGGCCCUUAUAUUUCCAGAAGUUUUUGCUCGUCGAAAUUCCAGGAAGCUAAGUUGAUUAAUGGCGAGCUCUCCUCGAAAGCGGCGGUUAUGGAAAGGGAGGGUGUGGUGGUUGGUGAUUCUAUUGCUGAUGGGAAGCUAGAUUUAUUGGACAUUUUGUCCAAGUGUGGAUGUAUUUUUGGUGCAAUGGUUUGUGGAAUUUUUGUGUUUGGCUGCCAGAGGGUUCUUGCGACGGAUGGGGUUGUGAAUGCGGGCUAUAGUGUUUUUGGAGAGAGCCGGCUGUUACUUAAGGGCGCUUGGCCCAAAGUGUUGCAGGUUCUAUGCGUGUUCAAAGAGCAAGGUUUGAUUUUGGCUGCGCUUUUGGGUCUUUCCGCAUUUUUUUCCAUGGCUGAGACUUCAAUAACGACGUUAUGGCCUUGGAAGGUGCGUGAAUUGGCUGAUAAGGAGCCUGAGAAUGGUGUCUUCAGAAUGCUUCGAAGUGAUGUAACCCGGUUCCUGACUACAAUUCUUAUAGGCACCACCGUGGUCAACAUUGGAGCAACUGCACUAGUCACAGAGGCAGCAACAGCAAUAUUUGGUGAAGCUGGCAUCAGUGCUGCAACUGGAGUUAUGACUGUUGCUGUUUUGCUCCUCACAGAAAUUACUCCAAAAAGUAUUGCAGUUCACCAUGCCACAGAGGUUGCUAGGUUUGUGGUCAGACCAGUGGCAUGGCUUUCCUUGAUAUUGUAUCCUGUGGGAAGAGUUGUCACUUUUCUAUCAAUGGGAAUGCUUAAAGUGCUCGGGUUGAAAGGGAGGAGUGAACCAUACGUUACUGAAGAUGAGUUGAAGUUGAUGUUGCGAGGGGCAGAGUUAAGUGGAGCAAUAGAGGAGGAAGAACAGGACAUGAUUGAAAAUGUGUUAGAGAUAAAAGAUACACAUGUCAGGGAAGUAAUGACACCGCUGGUAGAUGUUGUUGCAAUUGAUGCUAGUGCAUCACUUAUUGAUUUCCAUAACUUGUGGGUGACUCAUCAAUAUUCGAGGGUGCCUGUUUUUGAGCAGCGUGUUGACAAUAUAGUGGGUAUUGCAUAUGCAAUGGAUCUACUGGAUCAUGUCCAAAAGGGUGAGCUACUAGAAAGUUCUUUUGUGGGGGAUAUUGCACACAAACCUGCAUAUUUUGUGCCAGAUUCAAUGUCAGUAUGGAAUCUUCUUAGAGAGUUUCGCAUCAGGAAGGUCCACAUGGCUGUUGUUCUUAAUGAAUAUGGUGGCACUGUGGGAGUAGUUACUCUGGAAGAUGUUGUUGAAGAAAUUGUUGGUGAAAUCUUUGAUGAAAAUGAUUCGAAGGAGGAGAUCCAGAAAAAAACUGGUUAUGUUGUAAUGCGAGCAGAAGGGAUUUUUGAUGUUGAUGCAAAUACAUCAAUAGAUCAACUCUCUGAGGAUUUAAAUGUCAAAAUGCCAGAGGGUCAUCAGUAUGAGACUGUAUCAGGUUUUAUCUGCGAGGCAUUUGGAUAUAUUCCCAGGACAGGUGAGACUAUAAAAGUGGUACUUGAAAAGGCAAACCUGGAGGAGAAUGAGGAAUAUAAUGAAGCAGAAUCUGAUCGCCAUGAUCAUAAGGAAAAGUGUCAGAGUUAUAAACUUGAGAUAUUGGCAGGAAAUGCAAGGAAGGUAAGUGCUGUCCGAUUUGAACGAGUAAACCAAGAUGAUGCAACAGCAGAGACCAAAGAAGUUACUCGCUUGGUACCUAGAAUCAUGAAAAGGAAAUUCAGUGGCAACGAAGACUCAAAUAAGGGUGAGUGCAUUGAGAUUCCAUUCCAGGAGAGACUAGAGGAUGGCUUCUAUGUUGAUGUAAUAGCUGAACAUGAACAUGAUUAUGAUAAUAGAAAUAAGCAGUAGUUAAAACUCCAUGAUCUUCCCUUUCAUACAUCAGCAAGAAUACGCAAAGAGAGAACAAAAAGAUGAAAGUAAGAAGGGAAACUAGCAUGUAAGUUUUGUUUACAGAUGAAGAGAAGUAUCGACGUCUGUAUCAUCAAAAUUAUUCGAAGUUUGGAUAUUGGCUUUAUCUCUGGGACAAAAGUUCAUCAGCAGGGGAGCCUCAACAGCUUGGAAAUUGGCAUGGUUGACCUGUGAAUUGGCUGGGUGGGAAAUAGAACCUUGGUGAGGUUGCCGAAGAGGCAGUAUCAAUUCAGGAUGGAAGAGUAGCCUGGAUGUCUCGAGAUGCACAAUUGGAGUGAUUCGUUCAGACUCAACAAACCAUCUCAAGAGCUCUCUUUGUUCUCUCAUCGCCUUCACCCUCUGCAACUGCCUGAACCUCUCCUGCAGGAGAGCAAUGGAGGAACUGAGAGUAAUAUUAUCAUUCUGCCUACCCAUUGGUGGGACUAACUCUUGCUGUGGUUGAUGGUGGUGGGAUUGAUUUUUACAUAGCCCUGAAAGGCUUUAUGCGUAUUUAUAGGAAAGAGCCCUCUAAUAGAUUCUGGGCAUCCGAAAAAAGAGUAGAAUCGGCAGCUGGGAUGCAUAGUCCAAGGAAGUAAGGUUAUAUGGCUAAUCUAAGGAGCGUUGUUUGGUGGAUGCAAGGAUGGGGCCAGCACUUUCUAAGGGAGAAAAGGUUGAGAGAUAAAGUCCAAAACUUUGGUGGAAGUUAGUAUAUGGAAUGUUAUAUUUGGAGAAUAAGGUUGAGGUUUGCUUUGUCGGCUUAUCUUCAAGAGGCUUUGCCUGUGGAGAUGUUGCUUAUCUUUUCUUAAAUUUUUUUUUAAUGGGUCUUUACUUUUGUUAAUUUAUCUCUUCUUGUUCAUUUGGGGAAUAGAAGUGCAGAGAUGAGAUGUCCAGACAAGACACAGAAUUGAGGAAGGAAUAAUUUUUGGACUU